GCAUUUCUGGAAGAGGAAACAGAGGACUCGGAGGAAUCAGAAGGCAAGGAGUCCGAGAGUGAAAUGGACGAAGACGGGGAGGAGGAAGAAGAGGAAGAGGAGGGGGAGGGAGAAGAAAGAAAAGGGGAUGAUGGUACAGAGUCAGAAAUGGAACAAGGGCCAGAAAAAGUGGAAGGAAAGAAUGGGCUCGAAGAAAGCGAGGACGAGAAAGAUGAGGAAGGGGCAGAAGGAAUGGAAGAGGGUAGAAGGGGGAACGAAGGAGAAGCGGAGGAGGAAGGAACGAAAGAGCCUUUGGAUUGGGAAGAAAAGGUUGAUCUAGAAGGUAAGGAAGAAGAGGAGGAAGGGGACCUUCCGAGUCAAGAAGAAGGAAGUAAGACAAUUGAAUUUGAAAGGGGAAAGGAGAACUCCGUCGAUGAGGGAAGACGGGAAGAGGACAAAGGGGAAUCUAGUCACCCCCGGACAGAUGAAUUGGCCAGGGAGAAGGGCGAGGAAACAGGUAAGCCCUUAGAAGAGGACGGGGGUAUGAUGAUGAAUGGGAGGAGCAAGGACAAGAAGAAGUGAAUCAGGGCGGCAGUGAGAGCGAAUCAGAGGAUGAUCUGUUAGGAGUAGUGGGUGAGUCCCUACUAGAAGAACCGUCGCCUGCCCAGGAGAUAAUUCAGAAAGGGAUAGGGCCUAUGUGGACUCUCCCAAUGUUACCCCUGAGUAAUGCGUCGGAGGAAUUUAAGCUAUAUUGCAAUGACGUAUUUGACUCGGAAAAACGGGAAGGAUUCCAACCAGUCGGCCUUUUGGAAGGGCAAUCUACCGACGGGGGACAGAGGAAGCAAAAAGGGGUAAGUCGGGCAGUGACCGACCCAAUGUACCACAACACAAUCGCAGGAGGUUCCCCCUCCAGAAAGGCCAAAAUAAAUGAGACUGUAGGGGUGGGAAUUGUCAGGGAAGAUCUGACAGAAACUUCACCUGAGCCAGGGAAGAACGGAAGCCUCGUAGGUCGAAAGCGCAGCCAUAUCUAUCGGGCUACUCGUAAGGAGUUAUCCCAUGCGGAACCAAUGAAAACGCUGACAAAGG